AUGAAUAUAAACGGACCUAAUAUCCCAGAUCCUAUCUAUCUAUCUAUCUAUCUAUCUAUCUAUCUAUCUAUCUAUCUAUCUAUCUAUCUAUCUAUCUCAUUCUGUUUAUAUCUAUCUAUCUAUCUAUCUAUCUAUCUAUCUAUAUAUAUAUAUUCUAUUCAUAUCUAUCUCAGUCUGUUCCUAUCUAUCUAUCUAUCUAUCUAUCUAUCUAUCUAUAUAUAUAUAUAUAUAUAUAUAUAUAUAUAUAUAUGUCAGGUUCUUCAUAUCUAUCUCAGUCAGUUCCUAUCUAUCUAUUUCAUUAUGUUCAUAUCUAUCUAUCUAUCUAUCUAUCUAUCUAUCUAUCUAUCUAUCUAUCUAUCUAUCUAUGUCUAUCUCAUUCUCUUCAUAUAUAUCUAUGUAUUUCAUUCUGUUCAUAUCUAUCUAUCUCCUUCUGUUCAUAUCUAUCCAUAUAUCUAUCUCAUUCUGCUCAUAUCUAUCUAUCUAUCUAUCUAUCUAUCUAUCUAUCUAUCUAUCUAUCCCUAUUUAACAUGUUUCUAUCUACGCUUCUUUCUUUCUUUCUUUCUUUCUUUCUUUCUUUCUUUCUUUCUUGUAUCAGUUCUCCCUUAA